CGUAUUUCACUAAAGGAUAUUCAUGGCGAUCUAAAUAUAUAUUAUAAUAUUUACACUACAAAUUCACAGAGAACCGUAUCACAUGAAAUCAUUGAGGUACUGAUGCUGACAUUUUCCCUGAACGAAACAUUACAGAUGGCGCUCUCUGCGAAAGAGGGCGCCCAUGGGUCAAGAUGGCAGCCUCCAGUGACUUUCUAAAUUGUCUCAACACAGUGUAAUGUGUAUCUCUAUCACCGAGCUAUGUACUGUUUAAAAGCAAUCGAAUGGGCCAGUUUGGUGUGUGCACCCUCAUUAAGUACAGUAUAGCCUAAAACACUUGUAAAAUGUAUGCCACAAGUAGACAUAUACUUCGGUGCAGCAACCGGUUGCACUGCCAGUGCCACUUCAACUUGCCAAAGCCCACUCUGGUUAGUCACCGCCGCAGUAUUAAUAAUGAGGCUGACCGGCAGAGAAACACACCAGGUUUAGCAAAAAGAAAUGCAAUGUUUAUUGGUGAGCAUUGCGUGAACGACCAAAGUUCUGCGAACUCGAACGCGCCGGUUCUGUACCGACGGAAAGGUCAGCGCCAUACUCUGGCGAGCGACUCAGAGACUACUUACGAGCGCGAGAGAAAAAUUGACCCCCGGUCGGUCCACGCCGGGUACUCAGUGAUACGACAGGUCCCAUCAUUAGGCCGGGUGAUGGGAUUGCGGACAGAACGAUGUUUACUGAUGCAGGCACGUCGAUGCCAGCCGAUUUUACAGACAAGACAUGCGUCCACAUACUUGGCAUCCUUCCUGGACUCUGCUCCGGUUCAUACAGCACAGAAUGUGUGAUGCAGUCGAUACACGACACGUCCGGGUUGCCGUGGUGGGCGAGCAUCGUCGUGACGACGUGCCUGCUGCGAAGCGCCAUCACUCUGCCUCUCGCCAUCUACCAGGCGCACAUUCUGGCAAAAGUCGAAGGGCUGCAACCAGAGAUCAAGACCAUAGCUGAAGGUCUGAAGAAAGAGGUGUCUGUAGCAAAGAAGAUGUAUAAAUGGGGUGAAAAGACAACGAGGCUUCAAUUCAAGAUAAAUAUUCGCCGGCGGCCACGUCGGACAGCUGUACGUGAGAGACAACUGAGGCCCACCCCGCGAAAUGCCUCAGCCUGUACAUCAGUUCUGAACAUGUUCUGGUGUUUUGCAGUGCCUCAGCCUGUACUAUCAAGUUUUGCAGUGCCUCAGCCUGUACUAUCAGUUCUGACAUGUUCUGUGUUUUGCAGUGCCUCAGCCUGUACUAUCAGUUCUGACAUGUUCUGUGUUUUGCAGUGCCUCAGCCUGUACUGGGUGAGUUCCAGCACGUUCGGUCUCGCGCAGAACGUUGCUCUCAAGUUUCCGUCCGUGCGGCGCGCGUGUCGCAUUCCGCCCGCACCCAGCGAGAGCCAGACGCCGUUCCGCGACAUGGUGGCGCACUUCCGAGCGAGGCGGGCGCGGGCCGACGCGUCAACAAAGGACACGUCAGCGUCAACGAAGGACACGUCAGCGUCAACAUAGACCACAUCGAUGAAGGAUACUUGACGAUUUCGUGUUUCGAAACUUGUAAUAAAUUUCGAGAGCUAAUCUUCAA